UGCGAUCUUGACCGUACACAUACCAUCGAUCGACGGCCCGAAACCGCCCGGUGACACUCCGCGUUCCCCUUCCGCUCUCGCGCAUCUGGGAUCGAGAAAACAAUAAUCCUCUCGUCGUCGGCGACUCCCAAAUUACCACCUCGCCCCCAAUCGUCUUCGGCUCAGAUCGGCGUCGCGAGGCGUACCAGUCCCAGAUCGUCGGAGCACCGGGUUCGCGGCGAGCCGACGGCAAAGAUUAUGGAGACGCCGCCGCCGUUCCAGGAAUCCGCCCACUGCGACGUCUGCCGCUGCACCUUCUCCACUUUCCGCCGCCGCCACCACUGCCGCAGCUGCGGGAGGACGCUCUGCCACGAGCACUCUUCGUACCACAUGGCCCUGCCGCAGUACGGGAUUUACACGGACGCCAGGGUCUGCUAUGAGUGCUUCAACAAAUCAUCAUCCAGACGCGGGGGUGUUGAUAAUGCGAGUUCUGCCGGGAGCGUUUCUGGUGCUGCAGACUCCUUUUCAGGGCUAAAUUUGGAUAAAGAUGAUGAUUCGUUGCCCACGAAAAGUUCGGCGGUUCAGAGUCCAGCUGCCAUUAUCGAGUGCAAAUGCGGGAUGCCAUUGUGCAUAUGCGAGGCACCAAAACCAGAACCUGCGCCUGUAAAGCAGAAUAUCAGUGCCGCUUCGUCAGCUGCGCAAUCAAACCCAAAGCCUAAAAAACCUUCUAGCAACCAGCAGUCAGCUGAAUUAAGCUUGAAGAAGGCUUCAGCUACUUCCAGCAGCAACUCAAGCUCAUUCUUAAAUCUUGGCCUGAUGAGCAACGAUAGCAAUGAUAAGACUCCGUCUGACUAUGAAGUUACUGGAGAGGGACUGAGAGAAGCGAUUAAGGGUGGGGAUAUUAAAGCUGUGAAGAAACUUCUUAGCCAGGGAGUAGAUUCUAACUACUGCGACAAGCAAGGAUUUACUUUGCUACAUUUGGCUGCGCUAUUUAACCAGACUGAGAUUGCUCUCAUUCUCAUGGAUAGUGGAGCAAAUAUUCAACGCAAAAAUGGGCAAGGGGAAACUCCUUUGGAUUGUGCCCCACCCAUGCUGCAGUACAAAAUGCGGCAGAGGGUGGAAGAGCUUGCUGCGUCACAGAGACCUGUAUGAGGGAGAUGGACGUGCCGAAGACGGUUAUCCGCUCCUGAGUGAUUGCAAAUAAAGCGCUUGAGGGGGGUUCGGUGAUUCAUUUCGGUAUCACACCAUCAUCAUGUAUUAAUGCUGGAAUCUCACAGGGGGUGAAUAAGUUAAUUCUGCCCAAUCUUGACAAUUUCUUCGUGUAUUUAUGUUUGGACAUCAUGACUUCUUCCCCAGAUCCAUUGUGUACUACUAAUACUACCCCCUGGUGCCCAUGUUGAAAAGUAAAUGACGUUUCUGGCAUUAUUGAUAUGUUGCCAAACACAAAGUUCUA